AUGGGUGGUGCGAUUCAUCGCGGCACACGCUUUUUGCGUAUGUACAACAUCGAUAAUCGAGUGGAUCGAGUGCUUGCAAAAGAAAAGCCAGCACCUGCUCCACGACACCCAACUGAACAACAAAUUUUACAAUCGUCCAAUGCGGAAAAUAAUAUUGUAUCUGAGGUUGUCCAUAAAAAAAAUGAACAAUUAUUAGAGCAUUUACACGAUGUUAAAGUUUACUCUUCCGGAGAUAAUCCAGUUAUACGCCGUGUGAACGACGCAAGUAGCCAUUCAUCGAUACCACCAUUAUUGAAUCGUGUUGAAGAACCAAUCGAUGAAAACAGUGCUGAUAGCGCAUUUGGUUAUAUCGAACCUCAACGUAUUCAUCCCGGUCGAGUAUCAUUACGUCAGUUUCUUGCAUACCUUCAAAAUCAUCGUGAUUCGCCGCAAGAAUAUUCUAUCGAACGUUUCACUGAAAUGUAUACAAUUAAACCUGAAAUAGCACAACAACUGUUCAAAUAUCAUAGCUUAUUGGCUUUGCAAGAAGUUGCUCGUCAGCAGAGUAGAUCUCCCGUUCGACCGCCUCAUGUUGCUGCAGCCGAAGUUUUCGGCAUUGAAGCUGAAUCACGUAGAAAGCCCGGCCCUGAAACAGGCAUUUCUUCGAAAUUUUGA